UGCUAAACGUGAUCAUGGCUGUAGUAUACAGCCGAAAGCUUGUUAAAGAAUAAAAUAUGUCAAAAUCACACUUUUUUAAUUGUUUUUAUUAUGUUAAACCACAUAUUACAGGCGACGAAAAAAUUUACUUAUAAUUUCUUGUUUACUAAUGUAUGUUUUACAGACAAAAGCAAUCUGACAUUCUCGAUAGAGGCUUUUUUAAGUUAUAUAAACAUUCUAAAUGUUUAUUGAAAUAAUAUAAGUAUAUAUAGAAAGUUCAAUGCAUCCGUCAGUGAACGAUAUUAUGAACGAUUUCGAGAUUUUAUAUCACAAACUUGCAAUCAACCAUGGGUUACGACAGCCAUUACUCAAAAGAUGAAGUAAAAUUUACACCAUCGAAAAUAACAAACAAAAAGAAGUGCUGUAUUGGCAUUAUUCUGAUUACAGUGAUUGUGAUUAUUACUGUAAUAGUACUUGCAGUUGUGCUGUCAAAAUCUAAAGAUGAGUCUGGUACAGACCAAAUGGAUAAUGUGGUUCUACUAGUUUCACUUGAUGGUUUCCGUCAUGAUUAUCUCAGUCUUGGACUUACUCCAAACUUGAACAAAAUUGCUUCGUUGGGCGUUCGAGCUGAGUACUUGCGUCCUAUUUUCCCUACAAAUACAUUUCCCAAUCAUUAUUCCAUCGUUACGGGCUUGUAUCCUGAAUCUCAUGGUAUAGUUACAAAUACAUUCUUCGAUUCACAACUAAACGACACUUUCCGUAUUGGUGGUGCAACAUCAUUUGAAGGGAAAUGGUGGGGUGGAGAACCAAUAUGGCUGACUGCAAUGAAGCAAGGGUUAAAAGCAGCUUGUUUUUUUUGGGUUGGAUCUGAAGCACCAGUGCAAGGUAUUCGCCCAAAUUACUGGAGAAAGUUUAACAGCAAGGUUCAGUUUUCUACUCGAAUUAAUCAAGUGAUAGCAUGGUUAAAGAUGGAUUCUGACAAAAGACCUGGUGUGAUUACCUUGUACUUUGAACAACCGGACAAGAAAGGUCAUUCGACUGGUCCACUUUCAGCCGAAGUAAAAAAGACAAUCAAGUUGGUUGACGACACUGUUGGAGAAUUGUGGAGUAAGCUUGAAGAAAAUGAUUUCAUGAAAAAAGUGAAUGUGAUUAUUGUAUCAGAUCAUGGAAUGGCAAGCAUUAACUGCAAGGAUAUCGUCAACAUUGAUUUAUUAACUGAUUUGUCGAAUAUGACGGUAAAGGGCCUAGGUUCUUCAUCAAUGCUCUACGCGAAAACUCAAGAGGAUGGAGAGAAGGUAUAUCGUGAUUUAAAGUGUGCUGAUAACAGGUUAACAGCUUUGCACAAAGAUAUUCACACACCACGUCGAAUGCACUAUUCAAACAACAGACGCAUUGGAGAUCUCUUUUUAACGCCUGAUAAAGGAUGGCAAGUGUUAAGAAAUAAUACCUGUCGAUCAUGGAUGAAAGGCUAUCACGGCAUCGACAACAUUGAAAAGGAUAUGCAGGCCAUAUUUAUUGCCUCUGGUCCUGAUUUUAAAUCUAAUUACACGUUCGAGCAUAUUCAAAAUAUCGAGAUCUAUAAUUUGUUAACAGAUCUUCUUCACAUCAAACCAGCUCCUAACAAUGGUACUGCUGGCAGCUUGCGUCAUCUUUUGAAUCCUAAAUUUUUAAAGACUUUACUGCCUGUUGCAAGUAAACGUAUAACUGAACAGAAUUGUGGAUUUCCUGAUGAUCUUGAAGCGGCUUUGAAGGAAUGUAAAACAUGUGUUUGUCCUUACUGCAAUUUUAAUAUCUCAUCGAAUCUGACAUUGUUCCGAAAAAAUUUGAAUCUGACGCAGAAAGAAGUUAUCCGAUCUCAUAAUUUACACUUGCCGUGGGCGUUACCCGAAGGUCACCAAGUGCAGUGUAUUCUCACACAAAAGCAUUACGUCACGGGAUACAGUACCAAAUUGCACAUUCCACUCUGGGUUGGUUAUAAACUGACGAAAGAGCAACUACUAGUAAACAUUCCACGUAAAAAUUGCUUCCGUCGCGAUAUCAGACUUACCAGCGCACAGAGUUCAUUUUGCAAGUCGUACAGUCUUUCAGGUUACGAUCGAGGCCAUAUUGCUCCCUCAGGUGAUUUUAAUUUCGACGAAUUUGCAGCGCAAGAUACUUUUAUGUUAAGUAACAUAGCUCCACAACACAAAUACUUGAACAGAUAUGGUGCAUGGUCGUAUCUUGAAAAUCUAACUCGUGACUUAGCGAAGAAAUAUGGAAAUAUUUACGUCUUAUCCGGUUCAAUAUUUGAUAUGAACAAUGAUGGCCUUUAUGACGCUGAGUUGGACCAGAAACGGUGGCUUCACAAUACUACUGGCGAUGUUCCUAUACCAACCCAUUACUAUAAGAUUCUCGCCAAAUGCAACAACGCAUCGAAACCAGUAACAGAUUGCAACAAGGAAAUAGAUACACUAGCGUUUAUUGUUCCGCACAAUGAGGAGAAGAUGUGUUCACUUUGGUCUGUUUCUGAAUACACAAAGAAACAUGUGGCUACAAUUAGAGAUGUUGAGUUGAUCACUGGACUUACUUUCUUCGCCAAUUUAAAGGCUUCUGAGCAAGCAAGGUUAAAAGUAAAAUUGAACACAGACAUUUGGCUGCAUUGAUUUUUGAGCGAAGAAAUCACAUGAUACGCACACCAAAGCUUGAAUUUAUGGCUACUAAGUACAGAAGAGUAUGGCAGUCUUAAUCUCUAUGUACAAUACACUUACUGCGCACUGCAUUUAUUAACAUCAGAAAUAUUUCCGCCAUUAUAUUCAAAAGCAUAAUUUUGGACAUUUUUAUAUAGUGAAAGAAACCGUUAAUUUAAAAUACAUUUUUAUUGUAUUUUUAUUUUAUGUUAUGUUUUUUUUGUCGUACAUAUAUAAAUUUUUUGUUACCCAGCAUUUUAAGAAAAUGAUUUUGUGUAUAAUAAAUGAAAUACGAUUAGAAAA